AUGGAGCGACCACCGGCACCUCGUCUUCAAUGGAGCCCUCGCAGCAACAUCGCUAUCUUCAUCCAUGCAUUGCAUCUUCUCGACCUCGACCUCCUCCCCAGCUGGCCCGGCAUCUCCGAGUCUCUCUUCGCGUCGAAAUCAGUGCAGAACCAUCAAGCACGCGUCAAAUCCACGGAAUGGGCGCUCUACCACCUCUUCCGGCUCUACUCUCCUCCAGACACGCAGUCGAGGCUGGCUCCACACUUCCCGCCUACGACGUCCUUACAGAGCAAGAACCUCCGCGCCGCGCUGUAUAAAUGGCUGGCGGAGCUGAAAUCGACCGCCGUCCUGCCGAGGGAAGUAGUGUUGAGGAAGACGAUGCUGGAUGAGUGCAAGGGCGACAAAUUCGAGGAAGUGCUCGCCAAGGUCGCGAUGGUCGUGCUCAAGAAAACUCUGCCGAGCAGGAACCAUGAAAGGAGGACUGGGGAAAGGCCUGGCAGUUGUGAGCAAAACUUCGGGACCCUUGUGCCGUUGAUCAUGGCGCAUCGCGUGUCUCUUCGGCAGUCUCUCGCGGCGCGGCAAGAUCUGGAGGCCAAGGCCAUGGCAUAUUCGGAGCGGUUGGCGCAACUGCAGCAAGAAAUUCUCCCCGAGUUACAGAACCUGCAGGCUGCAAGCGACGGGGUUGACGGAGCGGGGCAAGCCCUCCCAGCUAGAGAAUACGAAUCGCUCCGACAGCAAGUUGAUCUAGCGUUCGCGACCGACAGACGCUGGGCGAGAUAUAUCUUCGAAGGCUCUGCUGCGGAGCCCGGGUAUUCCGCAGUCUCGGCGCAGAAAAUACUCCCAACAUGGCCGUUUGAUGACCCCGGCCCUACCCUUGACCAGGGGCCUGCAAUCACCACAGACGACGACGACUCGCCUUUGAACAUGGCUACAGCGAGUUCAGAAGGAGAUGCAAACGAACCGAUGCGCGAACUGCAGUUCUUGAUCUCUCAAAACCACGACCGGCUCGAGCACCUUACGCGAUUGCAGGAGACUCUCCUCUCGUCAACGGAACCCGAAAGCCACCCGGAAGAUGUGGCGCCAGUGCUAUCCAACUUCGCCGGUGUGGUUGACCUUCACCACCACCACCCAUCUGCAACGGCGCAGUCCAUAUCUCGUGCGCCAAAGCCGAGAUUCAAUAAACACCAGGCACUCACACUCGCCCUUUGA